UGGCCGUGUCCCCUCAGCUCGUUCGACGUGGCCGUGGUGGGCGCGGGGAUCGUGGGCCUGGCCGCGGCCCGGGAGCUCAUCCAGCGCCAUCCCUCGCUGGCCUUCGCCGUGCUGGAGAAGGAGCAGGAGCCGGCCCAUCACCAGAGUGGACACAACAGUGGUGUGAUCCACAGCGGGAUUUACUACACCCCUGGCUCCCUGAAGGCCAAGCUCUGCGUGCAGGGGGCAGCCCUCUGCUACAAAUACUGUGACCAGAAGGGAAUUCCCUACAAACAGUGUGGGAAGCUGAUUGUGGCCGUGGAACAUGAUGAAAUUCCAAGGCUCAAAGCUCUGUAUGAGAGGGGGCUGCAGAACAACGUCCCGGGGCUGAAACUCAUUGGACCCAAGGAAAUCCAGGAGAAGGAGCCCUUCUGCAGGGGACUGAUGGCCCUUGAUUCUCCCUACACUGGGAUUGUGGAUUACAAACAAGUGGCCCAGUCCUAUGCCAGAGACUUCCAGGAAGCAGGUGGGACAAUCUUGACUGAUUUUGAAGUCACAAACAUGGAGAUGGCCAAAGAAAGUUCUCCAGAAAGUGAAGAUGGACUGAAAUACCCAGUCAUUGUUAGGAGCAAAAAGGGUGAGGAAAUCUCCUGUGGGCACAUUUUGACCUGUGCAGGGCUUCACUCCGACCGCCUGUCCGAAAUCAGCGGCUGCAGCCCCGAGCCCCGGAUUGUCCCGUUCCGGGGGGAUUAUUUGGUGCUAAAACCAGAAAAAUCUUACUUGGUGAAAGGAAAUAUUUAUCCAGUUCCCAACCCUCGUUUCCCCUUCCUGGGAUUCCAUUUCACGCCCAGGAUGGAUGGCAGCAUUUGGCUUGGCCCUAAUGCAGUGCUGGCCUUUAAGAGAGAAGGCUAUAAACUCUUGGACUUCAGCCCUGGGGACUUCUUAGAUGCUGUGACCUACAGUGGGCUGUGGAAGCUGGUGCUGAGGAACGUGUCCUACGGCCUGGGGGAGCUGUACAGAGCCUUUUCCCUCAGUGCCCAGGUGAGGCAGCUGCAGAAGUUCAUCCCUGAGGUCACCACCAAUGAUGUGCUCAGGGGUCCCUCUGGCGUGAGAGCCCAGGCUCUGGACAGCCAGGGGAAUUUGGUGGAUGACUUUGUGUUCGAUGGAGGCACGGGGGACGUGGGGAGCAGGAUCCUGCACGUCAGGAACGCUCCUUCUCCCGCCGCCACCUCCUCCCUCGCCAUCGCCGCCGCCAUCGCCGCCGAGGCCGAGCGGCGCUUCCAGCUCUGAAUCCCGGCGGGAACGGGCAGGUUCUGCCCCUCUGGAAUGUGGGACUCCUCCUGAAGGACACGGAGCCACCAGGCAGCAGGGCUGGGAAGCGCCCAGGCAGCCUCGGGAAUGUUCGCUGCCACAGCUCCUCAAGCGUCGCAUCCCAGGUUUGGCCACCUGGGCAGGAGCAGCCACGGGAGGGUCUCCAGCCACAGGCAGAGCAGGGAGAGCCCCUGUGGUGGGAUUAUCCACAUGGAUUUCCCAUGCCUGUGCUCACCUCCUCAGAGGGGUCUGCAGAGCCACAGGCAUGGGGUGGCUCUCUGUGUGCUCUGAUUCCAUUUAAAUGGAGUCUGCAGUCCUCUAGAUUACAUGGAAUAAUGGAAUAGAAGGAUAAACCUGCUUAAGGGCCCUGCUGAUAUGGAAUUAAAGGCUUUAUCAGAGAUUGAGAACAAUAUUCAGAGCCUUCGACGUGAAUGUAGAGUAUUUCACAGAAAAAUAAGCUUCAAGAGGAUUACCAGACCCAAGGCAAUUUAGAUCUGCAAUUCAGAUACUCUGUCUGAUCACUGUCUCUGUUUUUUAUAGAGAAGAAAUGAAAAUAUGGAUAUAAAUAAUCACUUUUCACUUAAUUUACAGCUGGGAAAUCAGUGCUGAUCAGAAACUUCAUCAGGGGGUUUGGGGUUCCUCCUGCCCCUGAAUGCUGCUAAUGCAAAAGGAGCUGAUCUUUGUCCAGCCAGUUGGGCAAUCCAGGGAAAAUGGUCUUUGGAACAGGGAAUGUGAAGGGAAGGAAGCUCCAGAAACCUGCCUUGGGUCAUGUUUGAUAUUGCUUCCCUUGGAGCCUGAGCAGGGGUGAGUCAGGAAGGUUUCCCAUUUUCCCUGAGCACGAGGGGAGCUCAGGCAGUGCUGGUGACUCCUCUGAGCUCUGCUGACACCCAGUUUUUAUCAGAGAUACCCCUGGAGCAGUCUGUGUGGAGAGGGAUGUGAAGCAAGCUCACAUCACAUCACAGUGCCAGGCUGAGGAUCUGGGAGUGUCGUGCAUUUGCUGUAAAGCAGAAUUUUGUGGCCUCAGGGACAAAGUAUUGAGGAUUUUAUAGCAGAUGCUCACAGGAUGUUGGGUAACACAGAUAAUUGUGGGGAGUUUGUACCAGAAAAUUGGACAUUCAGUUUUCCUUAAAAAGUUCUUUUCUGAGCUCCUCUGGUGGGAGUGGGUUAGCACAGGAGGGCAGCUGUGAGGCUAAUUUUACUGUACAGAUUGGAGACACUUUUUUGAGGGGAAAAAAGGGCUUAAUCUGCCUUUUUAAAUUUUUUAUUUUUUUCUCCUGGUAAAAUCUACUUUAUCAGCAAAUUGACAGCUGGAAAUCAAAUUAAAAACCUUUUCAGAGCAAAGCUUUGGUCACUUUAGGCAGAGAUUCAGCUGUUCCAAGUCUUCCAGUGCCACAGGGCUGUGUAAAACUUCCCAGAGUGGAACAAUCCUAUCUUCCCUCCCUGCCAGAAGUGUUGCCUAUCAACAGUAAAUCCUACAAAAGGAUUGCAAAAGCCACUUCCUCCCACACGGGGUGUGGCCCUGACAUGUAUUAACAAAAUAAAGAACAUUAAAAUGCAAAGCAGACAGAGACCUGGGGGAGUCCUAAGUCAGCAUUUCCCUGUGCUGCCUGCAGAGCUUUUUCCUCUCAGGUGAUGAUUGUUUGGAGGUAAAGUUUAUUUGAAACUUAAUUUAUGAACCUUGAUGUAGCAUCCUGUGAAACAGAAAUCUUUUCAGAGAUAAAGUUUUACACUUCUGUUAUAAAAAUAAAUUCAGAGAUUAUGAUAUCAGGGUUUCGGGCAUCAAUCUCGUUGCUCACAAAGUGUGAAAAUGUAUUAAUUUAUUUUCCAAAUGAGCCUCACUUUGAUGAUUUCAUAAAUCUGCCUUUUAUGAUUAAAAUAGUCUGGUGGGGUUUUUUAAAA